AGACUCCUCCCUGCAUAAGCUUCCUACUCAAUUUCUAUUGUAAGUAAUUUCCUACCCUGCCAUUCUCUUUCUAAAACUUGUGUCAGUUGAGGGAUUGGACUGCUUAGAUUAAUAAUCUAGUAUCUUUUCUUAUUUACCAUCUCUGUCUUUUAUGUACUGAUAUCUAGGACAUUUCUGACAUAUUUUUAAAUUUUUUAAUUUCUGCUAUCAUAUUUUUAGUCUUCAAUAAUGAUUUCUUAUUCUCUAGAUUUUUCUUUACAUAGCAGCCUUUUUCUCAUGUGGAAGGGCAACAUUUUGUCUAAUUGUAGUGGAGUGCUGAGUUUUCUGCUUCUUAUAUCUCUGUACCCUUCCUUUCUCCUGCAGUUUAUGUUUGCCUUUUAUUUGAAUUCUUGCUAUUGUAUUUGUCUUUUAUUCACAUUGGAAGCAUUCCUGAAAUGCCUGCUGGCCUUUAACUAUCCCAUAUUCUAUCCAUAGGCACUCAGAACUAGUAGGAAACAGCAUGAAAAGGCAGAGUUGGCCAGUUGCAAAGUGACAAUGAUCCAUACAGCUUUUUCUUUACAGAAGAGUUACAGAGUUUUGAUUUUCUUCAAGCACACACUGCACUAGAGGUGGCUUCUCUCUCUUUGCGCCUCCACACACUGCUGGCUAGAACUCUGCCUACACGGUGAUGAGAGAACUGUCUGAACUCUGUGGCUGGGCCAGGCCCAGAGCAGCUGUCAGUUUAUCUAUACCAUAAAAAAUGUAUUUUCCAUAAGCUUUCUCCCUGGCUAACCAUUACUUUGUGAAAACAUGCGAGGAGACUUAAAUGCUCUUCAAAUAACUAAUAUCCCACUCUGCUGCUCUUUCCUAACCUCUGGAAUUUCAGUCUUGUUGGCCUGUUUCCUACAAGAUAAAGAUGAUCAAGAUAGCUGAACCCCUUCCAUAAGCAGCUCAGUCUUGUAUCCAUCAUAUCACCUUAUCCUCAGAAAGCCCUCCCUGUGAAACAUCAAUUAUCCCAUUUUCAGAGAAGGAGCCACAUGCCAAGGCUCCCACUGGUCUAACGCCAAAGCCUGAGUUCACCACAAUCAACCCUCACCUUAUCACACAGAAUUCACUUUUGUUCUUCCAAGAUGAUAUGGUUCCCAGGGGAACAGAGACCCAGUGUUCCAUGUGGAACUGUGGGCAAGAUGGGAGGUACAGAGGAAAGACACCAGAAGAUUCUGUCUCUCCUGCUCAUCUGUCUUCUGCCAUCCACCAAAGGGAAAACCUGUCUUCGCUGCUGGCCAGAGCUGCCUGCCUUGCUAGACUAUGAUCUGCAGAUUCUCUGGGGCAGCCCUGGGCCCCCAGCAGAGCUCUCCCAAAGCAUCCGCUCCCUCUUCCUGGAGGAUAGCACCUUGCUCAAACCCUGGUAUCUUGGUGAGACAUGGCCAGGAAACAGGGAUCAGGGCCACCACUUUGCCUCACCUGAACCUUACUCCCCUGACUUCCCUCCAUCCCAUGACUCAUCCUCAGAUCGGGACCAUUUGGAAGAACAAACAGCCAAAUUCUUCAACCAAGUAGACCAUGCCAUUAAGAAGUUACGGGAUGAUAAAGCAUUGCUUCUGGAAGAGAUUCAUGUUCACAAGGGUCUCUUUGCUGAGAGUCUGAACAAAAGAUCCAAGGAGCUGAAGGAGAAGGACAUUCACUCCAGAAUGGAGGUCACCGAAUGUGCCAACUGUAGGAUUCACUUCCUCUCCUGCAAUGACCCUACCCUCUGCCCAGCCAAGGCUGUGCCAACCUACAAGUGGGUUGUAGGCCUCAUCGUUGUGCUGCUGCUGGCUGUAGUUGGAAGUGGAUAUUACUAUUUCUGGCUCAAGAAGAAGAAGGCAGCACAAGAGGGCCAAGACUUGCCUCCCGAGGAUGAGCAGAAAUCACAGCAGCAGCUGGAGGAAGACUAG